GGAGUUGGAGCGGGGCCGGCGCCGCGGCCGCGUCUGCUUGCCGAGCUGCUGCCGCCGCCGGGCGGACGGGCGGACGCGCGGAGCUGGGGGCGGCGCAGCGGGGCCGGCGGGUCGCGGCGGGGCUGACCGGCCCCGAUGAGGCGGAAGGAGAAGCGGCUCUUGCAGGCGGUGGCGCUGGUGCUGGCGGCCCUGGUCCUCCUGCCCAACGUGGGGCUCUGGGCUCUGUACCGCGAGCGGCAGCCCGACGGCACCCCCGGGGGUUCUGGGGCAGCGGUGGCCCCAGCCGCAGGACAGGGCUCACACAAUCGGCCAAAGAAGACAGUUUUCUCGGGAGAUGGGCAGAAGCUGAAGGACUGGCACGACAAAGAAGCCAUCAGGAGGGAUGCUCAGCGCAUAGGAAAUGGAGAACAAGGGCGGCCUUACCCCAUGACCGAUGCCGAGAGAGUGGACCAGGCAUACCGAGAAAAUGGAUUUAACAUCUACGUCAGUGAUAAAAUCUCCCUGAAUCGCUCUCUCCCUGACAUCCGGCACCCAAACUGCAACAGCAAACGCUACCUGGAGAGGCUCCCCAACACCAGCAUCAUCAUCCCCUUCCACAACGAGGGCUGGUCCUCUCUCCUCCGCACCGUCCACAGCGUGCUGAACCGCUCACCCCCGGAGCUGGUGGCAGAGAUCGUGCUGGUUGAUGACUUCAGUGACCGAGAGCACCUGAAGAAGCCCCUGGAGGACUACAUGGCCCUCUUCCCCAGUGUGAGGAUCCUCCGCACCAAGAAACGUGAAGGCCUCAUAAGGACCCGCAUGCUGGGGGCCUCAGCGGCGACUGGGGACGUCAUCACCUUCUUGGACUCGCACUGUGAAGCCAAUGUCAACUGGCUGCCCCCCUUGCUCGACCGCAUCGCUCGGAACCGCAAGACCAUCGUGUGCCCAAUGAUUGAUGUGAUCGACCACGAUGACUUUCGUUAUGAGACGCAGGCAGGAGAUGCCAUGCGGGGUGCCUUUGAUUGGGAGAUGUACUACAAGCGGAUCCCGAUCCCUCCAGAACUGCAGAAAGCUGACCCCAGUGACCCAUUUGAGUCUCCCGUGAUGGCUGGUGGCCUGUUUGCCGUGGAUCGGAAGUGGUUCUGGGAGCUGGGCGGGUACGACCCCGGCUUGGAGAUCUGGGGAGGGGAGCAGUAUGAGAUCUCCUUCAAGGUGUGGAUGUGUGGGGGCCGCAUGGAGGACAUCCCCUGCUCCAGGGUGGGACAUAUCUAUAGGAAGUAUGUACCCUACAAGGUCCCUGCUGGAGUCAGCCUGGCCCGGAACCUGAAGCGCGUGGCCGAGGUGUGGAUGGACGAGUACGCCGAGUACAUUUACCAGCGCCGGCCCGAGUACCGCCACCUCUCGGCUGGGGACGUGGCUGCUCAGAAGAAGCUCCGCAGCGCCCUUAACUGCAAGAGCUUCAGGUGGUUUAUGACCAAGAUCGCCUGGGACUUGCCCAAAUUCUACCCGCCUGUGGAGCCCCCGGCUGCCGCUUGGGGGGAGAUUCGCAACGUGGGCACGGGGCUGUGUGCAGACACGAAGCACGGUGCGCUGGGCUCCCCACUGAGGCUGGAGAGCUGCAUCUGGGGCCGCGGUGAGGCUGCAUGGAACAACAUGCAGGUGUUCACCUUCACCUGGAGAGAGGACAUCCGGCCCGGAGACCCUCAGCACACCAAGAAGUUCUGCUUUGACGCCGUCUCCCACACCAGCCCGGUCACUCUCUAUGACUGCCACAGCAUGAGGGGCAACCAGCUGUGGAAAUACCGCCAAGACAAGACCCUCUACCACCCUGUCAGUGGCAGCUGCAUGGACUGCAGUGAAAGUGACCACAGAAUCUUCAUGAAUACCUGCAACCCCUCCUCUCUCACCCAGCAGUGGCUGUUUGAACAUACCAACUCAACAGUCUUGGAAAAAUUCAACAGAAACUGAGCCCUCGCGUCCUGUUGGCAGGCCCAGAAGGUCCCUCUGGCUCAUGAAGCCCCCUCCCUGAGGAGGCUGGGUCUGGGGGCACCAUGGUGUGCAAGGUGCUGGCCAAGUGGGUCAGGGCAAGAGUGCUCUUGAAGCUGGAGCAAAGGGUCUGCUGGUCCUUCAGCCCCUGAGUCAUGGGGUCAGGUAUUGAGCAGACCCCACAGAAGACCCCACAAUAAGGCAGAGCCCACUUCAACCCCCGCUGUGUUCUCUGGAGCACUGUGUGGGAGAAUCCCAUGGCAGCCCUAAGCUACCCGAAAAUGAGUCCUACAAGGGUGCGCAGCCCUCGGGUGGCUCUCAUAUGUGAAGCUCUAGAGAAAGGCAGUAUCUGCCUGGUGCGGUCAGCCUUUAGUACUGAGGCCACCCACCUGCAGCAGAAGGGGAAAGUCCUCCUCGGGCCCUUUGGGUUUCUGCCUCUGUCGGGGGGUGACUGCCAGUACUGCCCAGCUUCUGUUUUCUCUAAGCCCAGGUGACUCACAGGCCAUACCUGUGACCUCAGAGUGUUCAAUACUGAACGCUGACCAGAUGGCAGUCCUGGGGUCGGAAAAGGGACCCCAGACCUUCCUUUGCAGUCAUGAACAUAGAGCUGUCUCCCUCUAGCUCUUUGGGUAUUUGAAAUGCCCAUUUCAAUGCUCCCCAGGAACAGGACAGCCCUGCAACCAGCUUUAGGGGCUGGUUCAGAUGGCCUUGGGGCCCUUGGAAAAGGCCGAGUAGAUCUCCAAACUGGAGAGGCUGAGCUUCCCCCAUCCACGCUUCCAUUUCCCUUUCUCUCCCAGGCAAGUCCCUGCCUCAGGAGAGGAACGGGUGCUGUGAGGUGCUCCCUGCCCAGAAGCUGGAAGCUUCCACGACCAACUGUGGGCAGCAAGACACCUCUGACCUCAUUGUGGUUCUAGUUCUCAUAGAACUCUGGAGUUUCUAAAGAACUCUACGGCUCAUCCAAACCAGAGUGUUCCAUAGGAUUCUGGAAUUCUAGCCUCCAGUGUGGUUUCUAGAAUGCUCUGAUUAAAGCAGCAGGCAGGUCUGGUACAGUCGAGGCAGCCCCAGCCCGUGGACUGUCUGUGGAACCCAAGGUUGGAGGCACUGGCGAGAUGGAGUGGGGGACCUGUGUCCAUCAGCUGCCACCAGAGGCUCUGGUACAGUACAGUGCUCAGCAAUGACCAGAAGGCCGGAACCUCCCUCCAUCCCCACAGCUGCCGUCCCCAGGCAGUGGAGAAAAGAACUUGUUGCCCCAUAACCAGACAUACCCACUAGCCCUUCAUAUUUACCUUUCGCUUUGUUUAAUUACAUGUCAGAUUCGAAGAGGGUUCCCAAACUAACAGGAGGCAUUUCUGUAACCAGCCUGCCACCCACUGAUUGAGAAACGAAAAUCACAUUCCACAACCUAUGGCUCCACCAGCUAGCCCAGGAAAUACUUGAAAUCAGUAUUCCAGUUAGACUUGGGUCACUCGAAUGUGUCAUUUACCAAUUAAGUAACCAAGACAGAAAUCUGGGAACACAGCCACGAAUCUGCCUUGGAGAUGCCGGCUGAUCUCAAGGCCGUCAGUUAUCAGGGGGAAAGAGGGAAACCCUCCCAACCACCCCCACCCAGAUUGAGUGUGUCACUGGCAAAGGACCGUUUCCAGCACGGUGCCUGUGCUCGCAGACCCCACGUGUCCUUUUGCAGAUGAGUGCUAUAUCUUCAGAGGUGGCCCUCUAUAGAAGGGAGUCAAAAGAGGAGGCCCCCUCUGGAAUCUCAACAGAGGAUGACAGGAACAUGUAGAUUUGGGGAGCUGAAGCGUGGGAGAGCGAUGCAGCAUCAUUAAAGUAAAAACUGUGCCUUUUAAAAAGAAAAAAAAUGCAAAUGUACAGCAAAUCCCUAAACUUGAACCAUUUCCUAGUGCCUUGCUAGACUAACGUAAAGGGGCAGGGGUGGGGGGAGGGGAACAUUUUUGAUGGCGUGUGCAGUUCCCGUGGGAUGAGUGUGUUUCUUGAUGUCUGAUUUCAAGCAGGAGACAUUGGGCCUUAAAUGUGAGACCCAGAGACCCCCAAGGGCAGAGGCCAUAGUUGUUCGGCUCAUCGCAUGAACUCUGCAAAUUCAAGGGCAGCUCAGCAACUUGUUUGGCCUGUGGCCUCCCUAGAAGGGCCUUGGCAGCCCCCAAGAGGAGGCUUGAUUUGCCUCUUUGGGCCCUUGUUUGGGUCAUGCUUGUGGCCCCCACCCCAACCCCCAAACAGAGUGCUCCACCUGUCCCUCGCCGUAGGGUUAAGGUACAGAGGGUACUGGCUAGAUUGCCAAAUGGCCCCUCUCCUAGUGGGUGACAGUUCUCCACAGGACCAGGAUUCCCGAGGAACACAGGAGCCACAGGUAGUCUCCUUCCCCUUCCCUUUCCUUUGGUUCUCUUCCUAGCCUGCCUGGUCCACACCAUAAGCAGGGCAGGCGUGUCCUCUGAGCUUUCUGGCAUUUGUAACUGCUGAACCCUCUCCAGUAGGUCCUGAGACCUGGCUGAGUAACAGGGGCAGGAGGACAGGAUUUGAUUGUUUCAAUUCCACUGACUGCAAAUACUAAGCCCCUCCCUCGCUGUCUGACCUUAUUUUUGGAAACCACCUGUCUCAAGAAUUCAGGCUUCUGCUCCCAUCCCGGCUGAUACUCAAUACAACUCAGCCAGGAGCCUGUGGAGAUGCCAGGUAACAGUUUGAGAUGUGGGCCCCUUUUCCUCUAAAGCAUCUAUUUGGAGGAUGAGGUGACAAGAAAGUAUAGUGGCUAGAAAGUAUAGUGGCCAUGCGGACUCUCCCCCAAGCAGCUUUCCAAAGCAGGACUCCAGGAACAUUUUGGGAUGCAAAGAGCAUCUUUGCUGGUAAUUAAGUACAAGGUCUUCGAAGUUGGCUAGAUUUGCAGCAUAUAUAUGAAAGCCAUUCCAGCUGUGCCUCCAAUUGGAGCUUCCAACUUGAAAAAAGUCCAGAAACUGUUGCUUCUUCCUUUUGGAAGAAGGCUCAGAGACAGGGGUGGGUACCUCUGCAGAAGAUACCUGAUGGGGAGAUGUGACACAAGGGCCCACUAGGACAGAAAGAGCAGUUUUGUUGAAGAUGUAGCACGUGGAUUUCCAAAGCCCACAUGGCAUCCCCUUUUCAAACUUCCUACGUGCCCAAUGUUUUUCAACCUAAGAAACAGGUGAUGUCCUAGAAGAUGGCUCCAUAUUUCCUUCUGUGAAUCUUCAUUUCUCUAGUCUCAGAAGUCUCAAAAGAAUAGCAAAGCACUUUACAGGGGAACUGGGGAAUCGGGGUUCCUUGUUUGACAGAUCUCAGCUACACAGGUUGGGUGAUCUUAACUCCUAGAAGGCCUUGCAUUUUUAAUAUUUUCUGAAGAUUUGAAAGAAGAGGGGCAAGGAGUGUGGUUCUGUUCUGGAAUUCUUUAUUGCUUUCAACUGAUGCUGUUUGUGAAAAAGUCCAAGUUGUGUUUUAGUUCAAACUUGAUCUUGAGUGCCUCUGGGUGGGAGUAGGACCCACAUACCUAGUGACAAAGUCAUCUGAACAUCUGCUCCCAAUGGCUUUGACGCAGCUGUGCCAGCCAACAGGGUCAGGUUCCUGCUCUGUUAUUGGCUUGAAGACCAGAAUCCCAAGGGGGUCCCAGGCAGGGAACAUUUGGAAAUUCAGACAGGGAUUCUGUAGAGAAAGCUCAAGACUACCAACCUCUCUCCUCCUGCCUGGAAAAGCGAGCCUCUGUGAAGAAAUGACUUUCCAUGUAUAAUUGUGACUGUGAUUGUUGCUGAGUAAACCUCCAGACUUUCUCUAAA